AUGCAGGAGCUCACGCCCGAUGUCCAGAAAUACUAUUUUCUUGGCUGUGGGCAUGCUCUGUCGCUUUGUCUGACCUUGCUGACGGAUAAUGUGAGGAAGGACUUCAAAGCGAAAAUUGUUCACCACGCGGCUACGCUUAGUUUGUUGGUGUUUUCUUAUGUUUGUGGGUAUACAAGAGUCGGAGCGCUCGUUAUGUGGCUCCAUGAUGGUUCUGAUUUCUACCUCGAAAUCGCAAAAUCUCUCGUUUAUCUCAAGAAACAGUUCCUUGCGGAUAUUUUCUUCACAAUUUUCGCCCUCGCCUUUUUCAUCAGCCGAAUCGUGUACUUUCCCUUUGUCGUGAUUCACACAACUUUGGUCAAACCCAUCGGUCUUUUUGGCCUCUUUCCUGGGUACUUUAUUUUCAACGCUUUGUUGGGUACUCUUUUAUGUCUCCACCUUUACUGGUUUUAUUUAAUUUGCGACCUUGCUUGGAAACUGAUCAAGGGAGACCAAAUUGCGGAUAACAGAUCCGACAAUGAAGAAUCUUCAUCAGAAGACGAAGCAAAAAAGACCAAAUAA